AUGAAAGCGACUAAAAACAGUCAUCGAGACCCAGUUCCAGUGCUUCUCAACCAGCUGAUCACAGGGGCAUCGCCCCAACCAGAACCUAAUCGUACUAAGAGGCCACAAAAUCGAGCCCCAGUUAGACCUGAUCCAUCUCCUAGAUGUACGUCCAUUGCCUGCAUCAGAGAUAACGAUUGUGUUGAGGUAGAUUUGCAAGAUAGGUCAGCCACAAGUAAUGACUUUAAGUUUUUGCCGAAGAACAAGCGUGAUCCUGGGAAUUUUUCUCAACAUAGAUUUAGGACCCUACAAGACGAGAGCAUAAAGAUUGUAUGUUACUACAACAGUUGGUCACACUACAGAUCAGGAAAUGGAAGGUUUUUGGUGGAACAAAUCGACCCUACAUUGUGUACUCACUUGAUAUAUACAUUUGCCAGGGUGGAAGAUGACGGGUUUACCAUCUCUUCUUUUGAUCAGUACUUGGAAGAAGAUUAUGGGUUAAGAAAUUUCAAGCGAUUUAACGACCUGAAGAACAAAAGCGAGAGUCUUAAAACUUUAAUAGCAGUCGGCGGCUAUGCUGACGGAUCACUAAAAUUCUCGAAUAUGGUGGCCUGGAAGUGGAGACGAAACAAGUUUGUUAAAAACAUAGUCCAGUUUGUACUCAAGUACGGAUUUGAUGGCGUGGACCUUGACUGGGAGUUCCCUGGACAGAGAGGCGGAAGUCCGGAGGAUAAACAAAACUUUAUUCGUCUUUUAAAAAGACUAAGAGAAGAACUGAACCAAUAUGGAUUACUCCUGACAGUCGCAGUUUCGGCAAUCAAAUCUACCAUUGAUGUUUCUUACGACAUUCCCGCCCUUGUAAGUUAUGUGGAUUUUAUAAAUUUAAUGUCGUAUGAUUACUCUGGCUCAUGGGCGUAUACUACAAGCCAUAAUUCGCCGCUACGUACCUCAACUAUUGCCACAGACAAUAGAUUGUUUCUAAACGUUACACCAAACUAUGGAGAAAAGAAAAGCUUCACAGGCUGCAAUAACAAAUUUUUUAUCAAGAAAUCAAGACCGAGUUCUGAUGAUGAUUUUCAUCAACUAUCAGAAAAUCCCACUCUGGAAGUUGACACAAGCACCCUAGGGGCAACAGAAGAUCCAACAACUGCCAUGCCUUCACCAAGCACGUCAAAAACGACAGAAAAUUUGGAUCAGAAUGGAGAGUACGAUGACUUGGGAUUGUUUGAUAGAUCGAAACUAACUGAUGAUGAAAAAAUGCAGUUGAUGAAGAAACAUUUUUGCCCUGAUAACAAGUUCACCUUCUCUGUGCGAUAA